GAAAUACACGUAUAUAUACAAGUGGUUAUUGUCCGACCAUUGUCUUCUACAUAUAUAUACUAUUUUAUGAUAUUUGAAUAUUUGUAAGAAUAUUUGAUGUGCCUAUGGUAUUAUAUGCUUUAUUUAUUUUCCUUACAUUCCAACCAGCUAGCUACUUCCAUUGCUCAAAACACAAAUUAAAAGAAACCUUACCACGUAGGGUUUUCCCCCUCAUCAUUAACAGAUACAUUUGGAUCAACAAAUAUGAGUCAGUUGCAAAGUUGAUCCAGGAUUCUUCAAAGAUAUAAUCGCUUUAUUGGAUCUUGGAAACAAAAUUUGGCUAUAUAGCACCUUCUUCCAAUCAUCUGUAGAAGUUAUCUUGGAAGUGAGUUGUUAAGCUUCACCCUCCCUCAUCAAUGGAAACAACGGAGUAAUUAGAAGAAGAAAUUUGAACAUAAAUUAAUGGCGGAGAUUCACAUACCUAGCAAAGAUGUCAAGAGUGAAAGUAGUAGCGGAAUCAGAGCUAAACAUGCCUCUUUGCCGAUUCGAAGAAAACGUUCGUUCUUCGAUUUAAACGAAGAUGCCGUGGAUGAUGGAGAUGAUCAUGUGAUAGUGAUAAGUGAAGGUCCUUGUGGUGAAAUAAGUAACAAUGAGAUAUCAUCACAAGAAGGGAAUUUGAGUAGCAAUAAUAAUUCUAGUGAAGAAGGAAAAGGGCGUGGAAGUACGGUUAGACAAUAUGUGAGGUCGAAAAUGCCUAGGCUUCGUUGGACUCCUGAUCUUCAUUUAUCUUUUGUGCAUGCUGUUGAGAGGCUUGGAGGGCAAGAAAGAGCAACACCCAAGUUGGUUCUCCAGUUGAUGAAUGUGAGAGGACUUAGAAUUGCACAUGUGAAGAGUCAUUUGCAGAUGUACCGGAGUAAAAAGCUUGAUGAGUCUGGCCAAGUUUUGUCCCAAAAAAAUAGAGCAAUGCAAGGAAGGCAUCACAUUAUGGAUAUGUAUGGAAGAUUCAAUGUCCAAGGACACUUUGGUGUUGAAAACAACUAUUUGCACCCAUCGUCUCCUCUACUGAAACAAUCAUCAUAUAAUGAAAUCAAAGCUCAUGACACUUCAAGAUUUCAUGAGAGUGGGGUUUUCAAUAAUAAUCACGUGAUCUUCAGAUCAAGUUCAGUGUGGGACAAAGAUUUCUCACAUCUAUUUGAUGUAAAGGAUGCAAUUACAAGAAAUAAUAUUGCAGCUAUUAGGUCUAGCCAAGUAAGUCAAUUACUACCCGAAUCAAAAAGCUUAUCUCGAGGGGAUGAUAAUGGUGCUAAACAUUUUCCAUGGAGCACGUAUUCUACUUCUAUCAAUUAUCAACGUAGCUCUGAGUACACAAUGUUUGGUUCUGAGGUACACGAUAAAAUAGAUAGAAUGGAAGAAUCCAUACAUCAAACUCAAGUAUCAAAGCAAAGUCAUCUCACAACCCAGUUAAAAAGGAUGAAUGAGAAGAAAGAGUCAUCAAAUUUCCUAAAACUAAAGUUAAGUCGAGAUUCAGAAAGUGAUCAAGAAACCAAUACGAUACUUUCUCUUUCAUUAUUCUCUUCAUCCUCCAAUUCAAAGUGAUGAGAAACAAUAUUAGUGAAAAACACACAUAAAAGACCCAUGUUGAGCACAUUUAUGUCAUUUGGGCUGAGUACUUAAGAUCUGACCAUGUCAAAUAGAGCAUUGGAGUGAGAUCUUUUAAGUACUUGCUUUAUUGGACCACGUUUAUAUAUGCAUGCAAGGACUUUUUUGUGAAUUUUUGAACAAACUAAUUUGGCUAUUGUUAUUUGAAUUUAUAAACAAUGCCACAAUUAAUUUGUAUGGUGGACCAUUGACUCAAUAUCUUGGAAGGUCCCUUUAAACCCUCACUUCAAUUUCUAGUAUGCGGUCUUUUUUUAUCUAAUUAAUUUUUUUUCUGAAAUAAAAGUGAAUGUCAUGGGAAGUAGAUUGAAAUGAUUGUGACACAUUUAGCAUUUAGUUCCUACAAUAACACUAUCCACUCGAGCUAUUCUUGGAGUGAUGAGCAAGAUUUUGCAACUUGAGAGUUUACCUCAACUCGUUUUACAUAGGUAAACUCGACUCGUAAAUUUGACUCGAGAACUCGUGCGAGUUUACCUAAAAUUAAAAAUUACAUAAAAUUUAUUAUAUGGAUGAAAUAUACAAGCUAAUAUAUAACUGGCGUCACAAUCACCAACAUCGCAAUCGGAAUUUCCCAUGUUCAUGGUUUGAGAACUCGGAGACAAAAGAAAAAGAAACGUUUCAUUUCAAAAAGUUAGCAAUGUGUUACUGUAAAUGUAAUUAUUCAGUAAAUGUUUCAGUCUUUGGGCUUGCAGAAAAUGAAUUUGAGUUUUAAAAAAAAUAGGCCUAAAAAAUUGGUCCAAUU